GCUAUGGAAGGAGGGACUACCCGGUUAGCUAAGCUUUUACAGGGUUGUAUAGACAAGAAGGCCCAAUUGGGCGGGAAGGUUAUUCAUGGGUUUAUAUUACGUAAUAAAGGCUUGUACUUUGAUACGUUUCUAUCUAAUAGACUCAUUGAGUUGUACUCAAAGUGUGGUCAUUUGGGUUAUGCCCACCAUGUGUUUGAUAAAAUGCCUAAGCCAGAUGUGUACUCGUGGAAUGCUGUGUUGGGUUGUUAUUGUAAAGCUGGGAGGUUGGGGGAGGCUGAAGAGUUGUUUCUGAAAAUGCCUGAGAGGAAUGUUGUGUCUUGGAACACUCUGAUUAGUACUUUGGCCCGAAAUGGUCAGGAGGAAAAGGCGGUGGGUGUUUAUGAGGCGAUGGUUUCAGAGGGGUUGGUGCCGACGCAUUUUACGUUGGCGAGUGUGUUCAGUGCGUGUGGAGGGUUGUUGGAUGUGGAGAAGGGGAGGAAAUGUCAUGGGGUUGUGGCGAAAAUUGGCCUUGAGGAGAAUGUGUAUGUGGGGAAUGCUUUGCUGUGCAUGUAUGCUAAGUGUGGAGUUAUGAGGGAUGCAAUGCAGGUUUUCGGUGACAUGGCUGAGCCGAAUGAGGUUACUUUUACGGCUAUGAUGGGGGGGUUGAAGCAGACGGACAGAGUCGCGGAGGCCUUGGAAAUGUUUAGGCUGAUGUGUAGGAAAGGGGUGCGUGUUGAUUCUGUUUCGUUGUCGAGUAUGUUGGGUGUUUGUGCUAAAGGGUGUGGCGAGUCUGGUGUUUAUGAUUAUAGUGAUGGAAUUCAGAGUAAUGUGAAUGGGCAACAAAUACAUGCCCUUACUGUUAAACUUGGAUUUGAGGGAGAUCUUCACUUGAACAAUUCAUUGCUUGAUAUGUAUGCAAAGAGUGCGGACAUGAAGAGUGCUGAGAAGGUUUUUGCUAGUAUACCUGAAGUUAGUGCUGUUUCUUGGAAUGUCAUGAUAACUGGGUAUGGCCUAAUAUUUCAGAGUCAGAAAGCUAUAGAAUAUCUACGAAGAAUGCAAUAUUGGGGCUUUGAACCUGAUGAGGUCACAUAUAUCAAUUUGCUUGCAGCAUGUGUCAAGUCUGGUGAUAUAAAAAGUGGCCGUCAAAUGUUUGAUAACAUUUCAUGCCCAAAUGUGAUUUCAUGGAAUGCAAUACUCUCUGGCUAUUUCCAGAAUGAAGACCACACGGAAGUAAUCAAGCUUUUCAGGGAAAUGCAGUUUCAGGGUGUGCAACCUGAUCGAACUACUUUGGCAAUUGCUCUCAGCUCUAGUGCAGCAAUGGGGAUUCUGGAGGCUGGAGAAGAGAUCCAUGCUGCCUCACACAAGGCUGCCUUUGAUACAGAUAUAUAUGUUGCAAGCGCACUUAUUGGCAUGUAUUCAAAGUGUGGUAAGACAGAAAUGGCAAAGCAUAUAUUUCAUAAUAUGCAAGAGUUAGAUGUUGUUUGUUGGAACUCUAUGAUAGCAGGUCUUUCACUAAAUUCUCAAGAUGAGGAAGCUUUCACUUACUUUAAGCAGAUGAGGCAACAUGAGAUGCUUCCCACCCAAUUCUCUUAUGCUACUAUACUGAGUUGCUGUGCAAAGCUUGCUUCUUCAUUUCAAGGGAAACAGGUUCAUGCUCAGAUAACAAAAGAUGGAUAUGUGAGCGAUGUUUUUGUUGGGAGUGCUCUCAUUGGUAUGUAUUGCAAAUGUGGUGAUGUAGAUGGGGCCCGGAAUUUUUUUGAUAUGAUGUCAAGCAAAAGUACGGUUACUUGGAAUGAAAUGAUACAUGGGUAUGCACAGAAUGGACGUGGAGAUGAGGCUGUUCUUCUUUAUUGGGACAUGAUUGCCUCAGCUGAGAGACCUGAUGCCAUUACUUUUGUUGCCGUUUUGACUGCUUGCAGCCAUUCUGGAUUGGUCGAUGCAGGCAUUGAAAUAUUUAAUUCAAUGGGGCACAAACAUGGAGUGGAGCCAGUUCUGGAUCAUUACACUUGCAUUAUUGAUUCUCUUGGCCGUGCUGGUCGUUUCCAAGAAGCAGAAGUCUUACUAGAUGAGAUGCCAUAUAAAGAUGAUCCAGUUAUAUGGGAGGUUUUGCUUAGUUCUUGUAGGGUUCAUGCUAAUGUGAGCUUAGCGAAAAGAGCAGCUGACGAACUCAUCCACUUGGACCCACAUAAUUCAGCUCCAUAUGUGCUUUUGGCCAAUAUUUAUUCUUCUUUAGGAAGAUGGGACGAGGCAAGAGCUAUGAGAGAUCUAAUGAGUAACAAACAAGUUGUCAAGGAUCCAGGUUAUAGCCGGAUUGAGUACGAGAAGGGAAUGCGAUCCAGUAUGGUGGGAUGAUAACUUCAUGCUGAUUGAUGAUAAAGUUGAGCAAGUAAUAUAAAUUCUUGGUGCAAUGCCUAGAGUCUAAACAUUGCUACAGAGACAGGCCUUGGUACUUCUUCACAACACAGGGGAAGCUGGUAACUUGGUAUCAAGUGGAACACUCUCGAGAGGUAAUAACCACUUAGCAGAGCUUGCUACAUCACCUUCUGGGUGGAAGUGUUGACGGGAUUGAUUUUCUCUCCUUAGUAAGCUUAGCAACUAUAAAACAGAAAGUGCAUCAAGCCUUAGCAUCUCUAUAAUGAAUCUGUUUAGUACAGUUCUCAAGAACCUGACCAGCCCUGUGCAGUUUGUAUGACUGACAGGCAGGGCUGUGGAGGCUACUGGCUGCAUACAAAUUCCGAAGUGAAGGGAUGGAGUAAUUGUGAAGGUUUUCAUCUCACAGGCAUAAUACCUUUGCAGUUUGCAAGAUCUUUUGUUGCUGGCUGCAGAUGUUACCAGUUCUAAUUACUUUUGCAUGAUCAUCACAUUGAUUAACUGAAUCAUAGAAUAUUGAUGAUCUGCAUUCAUCUUGGCUUUAACAGGUCUACGUCGCAGCGUCCACUGUCCUCUCUGUGUAGCAUCCUCAUCCAAAUGGAGAACACUACCAGCAUUCCUGACAAGAUCACUGGCACAAUAUAUUUCAAGAUGGAUCUACCAUUGAUGCUUCAAAUGUACUACUUUUUUGCCGCAAAGGAAAGCAGAGCUACUAAACUGAACAGGAUAGAUGAUAGAUUAAUCUCAAGACUAAAGGAUUAGCUUGAAAUGUAUUAGUAGCUAGCCAUAGUGAAUAGAGAUUUGACACACAUGCAUAGUUCUUGAAUCUUGCCUAGUCUUGUAGCCUUUAAGACAGGUGACUUCUCUUUGAUUUUUUGGUUAUCUAGAUCUUAGGUUCUCAUC